AUGUUUGCUAUCAUGAGUGGUUUGGACAAGCCCGCUGUGCGAAGGCUGCACUCAACGUGGGAGAGAGUUUCUGGAAAGUACAUUCGCAUGCUUGAAGACGUUCAACAGCUCGUCGAUCCUUCACGAAACAUGUCCAAAUAUCGUCAACACCUUGCCGAAGUGUCACAGGAACCACCAGUCGUCCCAAUCUAUCCGGUGAUCAGGAAGGAUUUAACGUUUUCACACGAAGGAAAUCCAACCUACUGCGAUAAGCUUGUUAACUUUGAAAAGUUGCGACUCAUAGCAAAAUCCGUGCGAGCAGUCAGCAAGUUGAGCAGCGCGCCGUAUGAAAUUUCCAGUAUGGCUGCAAGGAGCGGAAACUUAAUAAGCGACGCUUUGCUUCACAUGAACACCUUCGAAGGGGGCAACGUGGCGACUAUGAGAAAAGGAGGUCGUGUAGUUCAGCCAAGGAAGAAAGUUUAUGAACAAGCUCUUAUGGUUCGAAAAGUGAAAGCGUAUUUGGACGGAUUGCGAGUAGUGGACUCGGAAUCUGAGUUGGAUCGCCUUAGCUACGAUAUUGAGCCGCAACAACCAGGUCCACGCGUGCGCCGUGCUCCGAGCCCAUCCCCAUCUUCGCUGUCGUCCCAGUCAGCAGAAUCUAAUUCAACAGAACAACGGCGAUUUAAAGGCGGUGGAAUGUUUGGCGUGGAUUCUCCACAGGCGGUUCAAAAGAUGCUGGGUUUGGUUCAGACCAGCAGAUCCAAAGGUGCAGCUUCCCCGAUGCCGUCACCAGCAUCUUCUGUUUCCACUAAAGGUCUGCAGCGAAAUGUGCCUCGGGUAUCCGCUAGACAGCAUUCAACUUCAGUUCAGAGAACACCCUCUUUUAAGCAGGAACCUGUUGAUUUGAAUAAGGAGUCAAGUUCUGUCACCAGUUUUUACGGUGCUGGUGAG